GCAAACUACUGCAGCGCCCUGGCAGCCCUAAACUGGGGAAGGAUUAAGGAGGCUUUGCCUCCGGGUUGCACCGGAGAGUCCCAGUCAUUUCUCAGAGCCCUCUGACGGGUGGACCUUAGAAGAAACGCCAUCGAGCACCACAAGAAUCAGAAAACGCACCCUCAUCUGUCGUCUGCUUGGGAAAGAAUCAGCCCUUCUCUGAGUGAAGCUGAGAAAAGGCUACAAAUCAGCAAAAAGAGCCUCGAACUGAGGAGGAGAUGGCUGGUGGAAGGAGGUGAACACCACAAGCAGAAAUGGCUUCCAGCGUUGACCCACUUAGCAGCAGCUCCAACAGCCAAGCCGGGACUGAUGGGAUGUGCAAUUAGACCACCAUGGAGGGACGCCACAGUGUGGGUCUGCAGCUGCAGCAGCUCCUGCCCACAAGCAGUGCCAUCACCGUCAGCGAGGUUACCUUCUCCUACAAGGAAAACUUGAUUGGCGCCCUCUUGGCAAUUUUCGGACACCUCGUGGUCAGCAUUGCACUUAACCUCCAGAAGUACUGCCACAUCCGCCUGGCAGGCUCCAAGGAUCCACGGGCCUAUUUCAGGACCAAGACAUGGUGGCUGGGCCUGUUUCUGAUGCUUCUGGGCGAGCUCAGCGUGUUUGCCUCCUACGCCUUUGCUCCGCUCUCCUUGAUCGUUCCCCUCGGUGCAGUCUCCGUGAUAGCUAGUGCCAUCAUUGGAAUCAUAUUUAUCAAAGAAAAAUGGAAACCUAAAGAUUUUCUGAGGCGCUAUGUCUUGUCCUUUGUUGGCUGUGGUUUGGCAGUUGUGGGCACAUACUUGCUGGUGACAUUUGCACCCAACAGCCACGAGAAGAUGACGGGCGAAAACAUCACCAGGCACCUUGUGAGCUGGCCUUUUCUCUUGUACAUGCUCGUGGAGAUCAUUCUGUUCUGCUUGCUGCUGUACUUCUACAAGGAGAAGAAUGCCAACAACAUCGUCGUGAUUCUUCUCUUGGUGGCGUUACUUGGCUCGAUGACGGUAGUGACAGUGAAGGCUGUGGCCGGGAUGCUAGUCCUGUCAAUACAAGGCAAUCUCCAGCUCAACUACCCCAUCUUCUACGUGAUGUUUGUGUGCAUGGUGGCCACCGCUAUCUACCAAGCCGCGUUUUUAAGUCAAGCCUCACAGAUGUAUGACUCCUCUUUGAUCGCCAGCGUGGGCUACAUUCUAUCCACAACUGUUGCUAUCACAGCAGGCGCAGUAUUUUACCUGGACUUCAUCGGGGAGGACGCACUUCACAUCUGCAUGUUUGCACUGGGGUGCCUCAUUGCAUUCCUAGGCGUCUUCUUAAUCACACGUAACAGGAAGAAGGCCAUUCCAUUCGAACCCUAUAUUUCCAUGGAUGCAAUGCCAGGUAUGCAGAACAUGCAUGACAAGGGGAUGGCAGUCCAGCCCGACCUCAAAGCUUCUUUUUCCUACGGGGCCCUAGAAAACCACGACAGCAUUUCUGAGAUCUAUGCUCCUGCCACACUACCCGUCAUGCAAGAAGAACAUGGCUCCAGAAUUGCCUCCGGGGUUCCCUACCGAGUACUGGAGCACACCAAGAAGGAAUGAGCCUACCUUGACGGGACUUACCUUUCCUAGAUUUAUAACUGCUCAAGCCAUGCCCCCAGUGGUUCCACCCUUCAUUCUAGAACUUGCCUUUCAAGUUUUAUUUUUUUAAACUGAGAACUCUUAGAGACAAGUGAUCUUGGAAGGCCUCUGUCUCUGGCAAAGAAUACAUUUAUCUUGGUCUUAAAAAUUUCAAAUGAUGGGGAGUGGGAAGGAGGAAAGCAGUAUUCCAGGUAGGCAGCAUGGAACCCAGCCUCUGCCAGGUUUACCCCAACAGGAUGUGGAAAGCAUAUUUGAGGAUGAUAACUGAGCUUCCCCUGUCAAUGACCAAAGGCUACCACAUCCUUCAGAGCUAAAGCAAGGCAGAGAUUUUGCUCUCACUUUUCAGAUCCAACGAAAGGCUGGGGACCUCUAAAUCUAGUCUUCCUCCACCUUGAGUGCAUGGCAGAUCUCUGCCCAUCACACUCAUGAUUUUGCAUUUGUGAUGACAUUCGUGUAGCCUUCACAUGGCAUCGUGGGCCAACCCUGGGUGGAAUAUUCUAUUGUUCCCACAUAUGAAAUGUACCUGAGGUGAAAUUCUGCCUUCCAGUUGUCUGUGCUCUUCCAAAGAAGCUAUGCUCAGUGUAUUUAUAUUGCAUCUACUCUGAAAAUUUUUUUGAUUCCAGGAACUACCUGAUUACUUCCCGCUUCCCUUCUCCCUCCCCAAAGGAACAGGGAAGUUAAGAAGUAGAAAAGGGGGAGAAUAAGAAGAAUUGAAGCAGAGGUGGGGUGAUACUUCAGCCCACAAAGGAAAAAAAUAAAAAAUCUCUUUUAAUCUUACAAAAGGUGAUUGCAUCACUUACAAAAGGACUGGCAGAAAAUCUGCCUGUUUCCUGGGUUACUUUUUUUUCUGCCCCCCAGUUUACCUUGGGGCAAAUUGGGGGUACUUAUUUCAGGGAUGGCCUUACUCGCCUCUCCUCCACAUUCUCCUCUAUAGGUAGACAAGCCAAGCUUGAAUUGUUUAUUUCCUUGAUGUCAGUAGGGACUCUUUGGGUCCGCAUCCCCAUGCACAUCUGUCCGGGGGAAGCAAGCAUUCUUGGAUAUAGGGCUGCUGAAUUCUUUCUGGCUGCAUACAUGUUUGUCUUUCCCUGAGCCUGACCGCAUACUUCUAAGAAUGGCAGGUAAAGGUUCACAAACUUUAAUGAGCAUAAGGAUCCCCUAGAGAGUUUAUUUAAAAUGCAGAUUCCUAUAUCCCAAACUCAGAUACUCUGGCUAAGUGGGCCUGGGGUGGAGCCCAAGAGUCUGCAUUCUUAACUGACACCAUAGGUGAUUCUGAUGCAGGUAGUCCAGGGAUCAAGCAAAGAAAUCCUAACGAUGGAGAAGGAUGGUCUGUUAAAAUACCCAGGGACCUACGCACCACCGUUGGAAAGUCGGAAUUAGCCUUCCUUGUUUCCUCUCUGGAGUUCUUUCGGUAGGUCAGAUAAUCCCUAUAGGAUCUGUGGCAUUUGUCCAUUCCAGUGUCUACUACCUAGAACUACACUUGCUGCUCCCCCAGGCAGCCUUUCACUAAUAGACAAGAUAACAGUGUUAAUAGACCAGUGUUGAUAGAUCAUUAAUCUUUAUGGAUUGUACUUAGAACCAAUUUAGUACCUUGAUUUGAAAACCUCCAAAGUCUGUUGCCUGUGAUAAGUGUGUAACAUUUUAACCAAUUCUGUAUUGUGUUUUAAAUACCUAAGAAGGCAACAGACCAUGAGCUUUUCUCCUUAGGAUAGACAUCAGCUCAGUUCAACAAUAUUUAUGAGGCAUGCACUCUGUGCUAAACACUGGGAGGGUGAAGGCUACAAAGAAUACAAUCCAGUCCUUGCCCUCCAGGCCAGCAGGGGGAGACACAAAUACCCAGCGCACUGUAUUGCAGGGCAGGCUGUGACCGGUGUAAAGUGCAAUGGCUGACCAUAAAUAAUAGUUAUAGAGGCCCUGGUUCAGGCACAGGGUAUUUAGAAUUGGAGGUGACUUUGGUCCAACUCACAGGCAGAUGGUGGAUCUAGCUGGGAUUUGAGCAAAGUGUAGAAGGGAGGGUAGACAUGCACCAGGCAGAGGGACCAGCAUUUGCAAAGACACAGAGAUGGGGAGAGGAGCUUCACAGAGAAAGGAGAAAGCCAGGGAAAGUGUGGGAGAUGAAUAUGGAAAGAUAUGCAGGGACCGAAUCAUGGAGGACCUUGAAUGCCUAUAGGGCAUGGGAGCCAUUGAUGGCUCAUGAGGGAGAGAAUGGCAAGAUCAACACUAAUUGGAAAGGAGCCCGUGUACAGUGUGGAGGAAGUUUCAGAAGUGGUACUAAAAGUCACCUUUCGAGAUUAAGCCCCAAGCUUGCAAGAACAAAAAAGAGGGGGGAUUAAAAUCAGGCUUUCACUGCUAUUCAGAUUUUCCUCAUUUCCCAAGUGAUUUUUGUGAGACACAGAGUGAUGGCAAAGUGGACGAAGGGAAGGUGAGCAGGAAGGGCGUUUAAAUGUGUCAAACCCAAGUGAGCAGCAAUUUGGCAUAGUAUGUGUUCCCAGCCUUACUCUGCCCCCACUUCCUCUCUUUAUUAAGAGCCUUUAGACUCAGACUAGCCAGUUUUCUUUAGAUGAGUAGAUUAAAAAAAAAAGAUAAAAGUGCUUUGCAAUUUGGGUUCUGCUACAGAUCAUGGGGGCAGUGUUGCCCAGGAACCUGCUGCUGGCACUCAGGCAGACCCUUCCUUCAGAUUUGGAGCAGUGGCCUCAUCCUACAAACUUGAGUUUUAAGAAGUCUGAGCAGAAGGUUGCAUGAUGAUUUCCUGACUGGAAGCCAGGGAUGGGCCACUUGGGUUCUUGGGAAGAACAAGUCACAUGGAGCCAUUGUCUCCAGAGUUCUGAAUCUGUCUCGGGGUCGCUUCUCCAGGUCUUUGUCCCCAAAAUAAACAGUUUGCUGGUGAUAGAUAAACAGCACUUGCUGUUAGGAUAGGAGAGGGAGAAUCAACUUUCCACUCAUGAUCCUGAUGCUUUAUUUCUCUCAUGGCUCUGACAUCCCCAAGUCCUGCUGAAUGCCCCAAGCACUAUUAAAAACACACCUUCAUCUCCUUCCUAGCAACCAGGUACCUAAAGCAAGGUUACCAAACUUAGGUUUCAACUUUUCAGUUGUUUGCUGGUCUUCCUCUCUCCACCCCACUCUGCUCCCCUCUUCUAAAGGCUGAGAUUCUGGUCUCCAGAUUAGAGAUCAGAACAUGCUCUUUGCAGACUGUGCCUAUGGGUUUUGACAAGUGCUGGGCCCCCAACCCUUCCCAUGAAGCCUCAGGUUGGAUGAUGCCAUCACAUUAAGCUUCAGGUCACACUAGGGGGCCUUGCCGUGUGGAACUGAAAGCUGGGUAAGGAAGGAAGGAGUAGCAUCUCCGUUGCUUUUUUGGUGGAAAUCAGCUGGCUUGAUGGCUCUGUGCAGAUGUGAUAGCCAUCUGGGUAGUGUUGGGGAAGCCUGCCCUGCAGCCCUGUGAAUUCCAAAUCUAGUCCAACACUGACUGACAGACAACAAAAAUUGACCUGUGUCUCUGAGAAGCUGUACAAAUGAAAUCACCCUAGAAUAUAUUCUAUGUGGAUGCUUGUAUUUUAUUAACAUUGUGACUAAUAAUGGCAUGUCUUAUUUUUCAAAAAACGUGUGUACUAGUGCAAAUAACGUGCGGUGAUAUUUAAUUAAAAAAAAAUUCUUGCGAUACCUGUUGAGUUUGAGUCUUACGUUUGGCUAAUACUUUCUAGAGUUAUCUAGAAUUGCGCUGUCCAAUAGAACUUUCUGUAAUGAUGGAAAUGCUCUUUGUGUUGCCUAAUAUGGUAUCAACAUGUGGCUAUCAAGCACUUACAAUGUGGCUAAUGUAACUGAGGGACUGAAUUUUCUAUUUUUUUUGGUUUUGACUGAUUUAAACCUAAAUAUCCACAUGUAGCUAGUGACUGCCGUAUUGACACUGCAGAGCUACAGAUGCCCACGGUUACAGCUGAGGCUGAACUGAGGACUUUUUCCUCAGUGGUCGAGAGCAUAGGCUAGACUGCUUGGCCUUGAUUCCUGGCUCUACCAUUGACUAGCUGUGUGGCAUUGUAUUUACCUCAGGGCUAUUAUGAGAAUCAGAUGAAUUAAUAGAUGCAAAGUCUUGAAACUAUGUCCAGUAUCCCAUCAGGACAUUGUAUUAUAUUGAACCAAUUGUUUCCUUCUUUAUUUACUUAUUAAUUUUUAAUUAUAAUGAACAUUUGUGAUUUUUCUUAAUUGAGCAAUUCUGAACACAAGUGUUUCUCUUCAUUCUGAGUUUCCAAUCUACAAAGGCAGGGUGUGGUAUAGUGCCUAUAUAUUUAUAUAAAUGUAUACAGUUAUAUUAAAUAUGUAAAUACAUUUUAUACAUAAAUAUGUCGUGUAUAUUUUAAUUUAUAUAUACUUAGUAAAAAUUUAUAUUUAAUUUUAAUAUAAUUUUUAUAUAUGUACAUACAAUAAUAUAUACAUACUCAUACGCAUGCAUUUAUUGAGCACUUACUGUAUGUCACACACUAUAUCAUGUACACUUCAAUCCUCCUUUAUAACAAUUCCAUGAGAUAAGUUCUAAUACUAUCCCAUUUGACAGAUGAAGAAACGGAGACUAAAGUCAUAUAGCUGGUAAACAUCAGAUCCAGGAUUUGAGUCUAAGAUUGCCGGACUUCAAAACUCAAGCUUGUAACUCCUUCUGCUGUGCUGCCUUUCCAAAUAUGGUUGAGUGGGAUUUCAGUGGGGAUAUGGUUUGCCAUGCAUUAGGACUUCACCUUUGGCUGAAAGGGAAAGGGCAGUAGCUUUGAGGGAGGAUGCAGACUUGAAGAACAGAAGCUCAUCAACUGAGUGAGGAUCUUGUUUGCAAUGGCUUCACUUCUAACUGCCAGCUAGAUAGACAAAUAAAAUUCAGUCUGUCAUAGAGCUGGAGGGGAUUUUAGAAUCAUCCAUGAUUCUCAGACUUUAUGAAAUCAGGAGACAGUAAAAUUUUAAAAUAUGGAAAAGUCAGCACAACUUGGCCAAGGCAAAGUCAUAGAAGCUUCACAGACACAUCCAAACUCCCUGAGGACCAGAUUACUGAGUUGAGGGCUGGGGGCCAUGGUAUUUGGGAACAUCUAACUCAAUUGGCAUAACAUAGUUUAUAAAGAAAAUGUUCUACAUCCUACUUUGGUGAGUAGUGUCUGGGAUCUUAAAAGCUUGUGAGCGGGAGGCAGAGCCAAGAUGGCAGAAUAGUCAGACGCUUCCGGUGAGCCCUCUUUACAACAAAGACCAAAAAAAAAACAAAUGAAAUGAGUAUGUUUGUGACAAGCUGGGAGCCCUGAGCUUCACAGGCAAGCUUAGAAAAUGAACUGAGGGGCAGGGGGAGGAAGAGACCGUUCAGAAGCUGAGAGGAGUUACUGGACCUAAAUCGUGGGGAGCCUCAGGCGUCAUUCCUGGAGCUGCGGCAGCAGGCUGGUACUAGCAUUUGGCCACAGUUUCCUCGGGGAGAAGCAGCCAGCCACACAGCCCACUCACACCUCCAAAACCUUAGAAGAACGGUGCUCUCAGCAAAAUCUAAGUACUUGUGUAUAUUUUACCACAGCCCCCCAUCCCAAGCCGGCUUCAGCAGCUGAAUUCCCUGGGCCUGAGAUAGGCCUUGCUGAGCACCUAGAGCCAUCCUCCCAGCCUUGGGGAAGGAAAAAAUUUGCAAUUGGAGGAAAAGAUAAUUCGCUAGCUCCACUAACCUGGGGAGCUAAGGAGAGAAGCAGCUCCUAUCCAGGCAUAAACCGUCCAUGGACUUUGAGCACCUUUCCCUUCUGCAUGGACCUGUGUGGGCCUAUUUCGGGAGAAUAGGCCCUUGUUGGCAGACUCCAACCAUUUCAGCUGUGCGGUAGAGAGGUGGGUGUUUGAUGUUUGACAUUGCUUUGCCUAUUAAACAAGGUCCUCACCUACCCACAUCAGGGACCCAAGGACUGGUAGCUCCACUCAGGUCACCCAGCCACCCGCGACAGGAGUCCAAAGAUAACUGGUAUCUCCCAGUCUUUACAACCAAAAACUUUGGGUGCCCACGGUCCCUCUGCAGAACCCACCCACCCGCAUGCUCUAGGGAACAGGGAUACGCUUUCCUCAGAGACACCUGGGGAUCGGUUCUCAGCCCCCUGCCUUGUUCAGAGCUUGACCCCCUGCUACAAUCGGAUACUGGUAUAUAUGCCAAUCAUCUCUGCCCCUCUAAGACUGUAGGACAGAGCCUGUACCACACACUUGAUGAUCAGCUACCUGGAAACCUGAGCUGAAUUCAUACAAGAAAACUGAAUGGACUCCUAGACUGGUAUACCGGAUAACAGCUCUAGCCAUCUGGGGACAGGACGUCAGAGCUCCAAAGGCGAAAAUAAUCAAGCAAGCUCACUCAAGCAAUCCAUAGGGGUAUACCAAAACAAAACAAUGCAAGAAAUUAUGACACAGUAAGCAAGCAUAAACUAAUAGAAUAACUUACAGAUGGCUCAGAGACAACAGUCAAUAUCAAGUCACAUAAAGAAACAGACCGUGAUCACCUCAACAGGCUCUCAAAACAAAGAAUCCGGGGAUCUUCUAGAUGAAAGUGCAUUCCUGGAAUUACCAGAUGCAGAGUACAAAAGUUUAAUAUACAGAACCCUUCAAGACAUCAGGAAGAAAAUGAGACAAUACGCAGAACAAGCCAAGGAACACACAGAUAAAGCAAUUGAAGAAAUUACAUUAUUCAGGAACAUAAUGAAAAGUUUAAUAAGCUAAAAAAUCCAUAGAAAAACAGCAAUCAGAAAUUCAGAAGAUAAACAAUAAAAUUAUAGAAGUAGACAACUCAAUAGAAAGUCAGAAGAGCAGAAUUGAACAAGUAGAAGCUAGAAUUUCUGAACUCAAAGAUAAAUCAAUUGGCACUAAUAUAUUUGAAGAAAAAUCAGAUAAAAGAAUUUUAAAAAAUGAAGAAACCUUAAGAAUCAUGUGAGACUCUAUCAAGAGAAAUAACCUAUGAGUGAUUGGAGUACCAGGACAUGGAGGGACAACAGAAAAUACAGAGAUAAUUGUUGAAGAUUUGUUGGCAGAAAACUUCCCUGAUAUCGUGAAAGAUGAGAAGAUAUCUAUCCAAGAUGCUCAUCGAACUCCACAUAAGGUAGAUCUUAAAAAAAAGUCACCAAGACAUAUUAUAAUCAAACUUGCCAAAACCAAAGAUAAGGAAAGAAUUAUAAGAGCAGCAAGGGAUAAACGAAAAGUCACCUACAAAGGAGAGCCAAUAAGAAUACGCUCGGACUACUCGGCAGAAACCAUGGAGGCAAGAAGACAACGGGAUGACAUACUUAAAAAAUUGAAGGAAAUAAACUCUUUAAUAUGAAGGUGAAAUUAAGACAUUUCCAGAUAAACAGAAAUUUAGGGAAUUCAUAAAAACCAAACCAAAACUACUAAAGGGAGUUCCUUGGUUAGGAAAUCAAUAAUAUCAGGUAUCAACCCAAGACUAGAACACUGGGCAGAGGAACCAGAAGUCAACCCAGACAGGAAAAUCCAAAAAAACAAAGCAAGGUUAUAAAAAAAAAAAAAAAAAACCUCAAAACA